AUGAAUCAGCAGUGCAAGGUGUGUGGAGAACCAGCCGCAGGGUUUCACUUUGGUGCAUUUACGUGCGAAGGAUGCAAGUCAUUUUUCGGACGAUCAUACAACAAUUUAUCAUCGAUAUCGGAGUGCAAAAAUAACGGCGAGUGCAUCAUCAAUAAGAAAAAUCGGACAGCAUGCAAGGCAUGUCGUUUGCGCAAGUGUUUGUUGGUUGGCAUGUCGAAAAGUGGUUCGCGGUACGGGCGACGCUCCAACUGGUUCAAGAUACAUUGUUUGUUGCAGGAGCAACAGCAGGCUGCCGAACGUCACGCAAACAACCAAAAAUCAGGUGUCACACCGAAUUUGUUGGCACCGCCGUCGCCCUUUGGACCGGGAGGCUUUUCGCGUCCCCCAUGCACGAUGGAAGAACUUAAGCUGCUCGGCUUCGAGGAACAUUACAAACAAUCGUCGGCUAGUCCAUCGAUCAGUUCACCCGAUAGUCAUAACUCCGAUAGCUCCAUCGAGAUCCGUGAAAGUGAAAAACGUAGCUUAAUGAUGCGAAAUUCGACAAAUAAGAUGUCCACAAACGAAAUGCCCGCCCUCCCAAAAGAACUACCAUUCUUACCGUUACCGUUUUCGGGUAUUCCGGGUCUCAUGCCGCCUCCGGGUUUCCUUCCGCCAUCGCAAUUGCCGCUUUUUGGCUACCAUCCCGCCUUGUAUCAUCAAAGCCAUCAGAGUCUGCUCAAGCAACAGGCGGAACAACAAAGCGCCUUCAUCACGAAUUCCUCGAAUAACAACAGCAGGUUCAUCGCAAACAACAACAACAACAUCACGAAAAAAGUCGAGGAGUUUUCGAAGCGUUUUUAUCUCGACGCAAUUUUACAAUCGCAAAAAUCGCCUUUUGAACGGGAAUCGAGCCGAACUCCGACGACGCCAACGCCAACAACGACAACAACCACCGAUGAGAAAGAUGACAAGGAAGCGCUCAAGAUGCAUCACACGAACAACAAUAUCAGCAGUAAGGAGGAAAUUUCGACAAUUACGCCGCCACGAUCGCCAUGCCUCACGCCGGGUAGUGUCACGACAGCGACAACGCAUCAAGAUAACCCCAUUGAUUUGAGCAUGAAGGCGACCAGUUCGACGCACGAUGAACAGAAUUCGUUUCGGGGCAGCAGCGUUGUGAGCGAAGAUGACGAUCGAGCGAGUAGCAAUCACGAAAUGGCAUCCGUGCGAAGUAAUAAUAAUGUUAGCGAAGAGAGUGAGUCUGAUGAUGAUAGUGUAAUUUACAAAAAUGAAUCAAAGAGGAUGAAAAUCCAAGGUACCACAACAACGCCACUCGACUUAACGACAAAGGCCUAG